UGUCGAGGUGAAAAAAAGAGUCGAUCCCGGUUUGAGGUCACCGGCCUUUGAUCCAUCGACGAUCGUGCGCAAUCGGCCUGCAGCCAUGUUUUACGACCUCAGUGUCCCAUAUGACAAAGAUGCCUCAGCCCUCGGAUCGAGGCUGCAUAUCCUCAAGAAGCUCGGCUAUCAAUGCGUUGCGCUCAAUACGGUUGUUUCCGGGAAGAGCUUUGCCACAAAAGCUGUGAUCCCAAAGCCGAUCCCGAUCGAUGGGUCCGGUGAUGUAUCGGCGUCACUCGCUAUGUGGACAUCACAUCACCAAGGCGAACUCCCCGCGCUGGCUCAGCUUACAAGGCUCACCAUCUGCGUCGAUGACUCGAUACAAAACCAGCAUUUGAACGGCAACCAAAGUUUGCUCAACUCCUUCGACUUGAUUGCCAUUCAGCCAAUGACCGAAAAGGCCUUUCAGGCCGCGUGUGGCACAUUCGAUAUCGACAUCAUCACUCUGGAUUUCUCCUGCCGCCUCCCGUUUUUCAUCAAAGCAACCACCGUCAAUCUCGCCAUUCAAAGAGGCGUACAUUUUGAAAUCUCUGUAGGAACGGCGCUCCGAGAUUCGUCAUCGAGGCGUCAUUUGAUCAACAAUGCUGUAAGCCUUAUCCGAGCUAGCCGAGGGAAGAACAUUAUCCUUUCCGGGGAGGCAUUCAGAGAACUGGAUAUCCGAGCCCCUUACGAUAUCAUGAACCUUGCAUCCAUCUUUGGUUUGAAUAUGACCCAAGCUAAGGAGUCGAUUACGAAGAAUGGUCGCGAAGUCUUGUUGCACGCAGCGACGCGAAAGGAUACAUUCAAGGGAAUUAUAUCUUCUGAGUUGACUGAUGCGCUCCAAUCGACGGAAAGCGCAUGGAAAGGGGGUCUGAACGAUGACUUUAUCUCAUUCGCAGACAUUGAUAUGGAGGAUGAGUGAUGAAUGAGUGGUGAAUGAGUGAUGAAUGAGUGAUGAAUGAGUGAUGAAUGAGCUCCCCAUCCAAUGGCAAACGGCUCGUUGCCGUUUGGCGAAUCCAAGACAGCGUCGUGCCAUGUGAGCUGCUAUAGUAGUUCUAGUAACCAUAGCAACCAGAGGGUUUCCGGAUAGUGGCACUGUGAGAAGUGCUUGUUGAAAUACACCAUUGUUCCGAUCA